CGCGGGCUUUACUUCGUAGUCUGUCAAAACAAACAACUGAAACAAACAGUCAUCAUCUAGGGUAAAGUGAUACCAUUCCGAACUCUUAAAAUGGGUAACUGUGAAGGAUUAGAAAUUCUUGGUGUUCUGAGGACUGCAAAAGAAAGUAAACAAAUGGUAUUACAACUGAAACCAAGCAUAGAAAUACCGUGGGAAUCGUGUGGGUUUUGUGACUACAAAUGGGAUUCUGAAGCGGAUGAACAGCAACUAAGAGAAACUGAACAUUCACAUUCUAUAAAUGGAAUAUUUUCUUUUAUUCCAAGUAAAAAUCAAUGGACUCUCACUAUUACUGCUUGUGACAAAGAGGAAAAACAUCAAAACACAGCAAAACUUGCAAGUACCUAUGAAAUGUCAAAGAAUGAUACAGCAACGCUUCACAAGAAAUUGCAAUUACAGUAUGAGGUAGAUGGGAAAGUAUAUGAAUUGCAAAGCAAUUAUCCAACAAAAAAAUCCAGAAACGUGGAGACCUCAAACAUUUUUCCUACUCUGAACAAAACAGUAACACAGCCAACUAAAGCUAUUGAGUUUGUCAUUGAAAACAGAAAGUUCUCAACAAAAUCUAGCAUAAGUUCAAUCACCCCACCAUUGGAAGGGACAGUUGAUAAUACUGAAGAAGAACGAUCAGCUUUAGAAGCUUCAGCAGAACUUCUCCAGGUAAAGUUGACAGAUGAAGGUAUUAUACCAGACCGAAUAGGUUGUGGACCAGACACAUCCACAUUUCUGCAAAAUAUGCGAGAACUGGCCAAACUUGUAACUCCUUCUGGACAAAAUCCAUUCACUUGUGAUCAGUGUGGCGAUGAGAUGACCUCCUAUUUCCCUUACAUUGAACAUGUUUUCAAGCAUUUCGGGUCCCGCCCUUAUGUCUGCAACGUCUGCCAGGCAACAUUUCAGACAAGGGCCGUUAUGAGGCAUCAUUUGGACAUGCAUGGUGGCAAAGCGCCUUUCGAGUGCGAGUUUUGCGGGAAGAAAUUUCGCAACUCGUGCCACAUGAAACAGCAUCGGAUGCGACAUACUGGAGAACGUCCUCAUAAUUGCCCAUAUUGCGAAAAAACGUUCGCCCAUAAAAAUGUCCUUAAGAUCCAUUUGCAAGUGCACACAGGAGAAAAGCCCUGUUGCUGUGAUUUAUGUGGAAAGUUGUUUAGAGAACCCCAUCGUCUGGCAUGCCAUUUAGCUACUCAUUAUCGAUCAUCCAAAUCAUUAGAUUGUUCAACAUGUGGCAAGAGUUUCAAAACCAGUGGCAUGCUUAAAUUGCAUGAAACUAAGCGUUGCAAUAAUAAGGUGCAAACAGAUUUGGAAAGAGCAACAGAGAGUCUAGAAACAUUACAGAACGUUACCUACAUUGAAAAUAUGGAUGAAUCACAUUUUCUUGACACAGAACAUGAGGUUACCAUAAUUGAAGCAGAAUCCUUAGAAGUGCUCCCCGUAAACACCUACAUUGUGGAGCCAUCCGGUGUGGGACAAAUGUUGGUGCAGUUUUCUAUUGAUCACGAGGAUGUUGCGGAAAUUCCUUCACUAGACGAAACAUUGAACACGUGAUAUGUCUUUUAAACGCCAAUUUUUAUCUGUGUUCAUUCUCGGAAAUAGAUGUUUUAUUUCGAAAUAUGUAAAAAUAAACCACUGAUUUUGAA